GACCUCAUCGUAGACCAGACCAUUGAGAAGGUGUCCUUCUGCGCGCCCGACCGCAAUUAUGACAAGGCCUUCUCCUACAUCUGCCGUGACGGCACCACACGCCGCUGGAUCUGUCACUGCUUCAUGGCCCUGAAGGACUCGGUGAGGGUGUGUGUGUGUGUGAGUGGGCCCAGGCCCAGCGACUAGAUUAAUUCAAUCCCCGCAUCGCUCGCCCAGGGAUUAAGAUAAGGAUUACGCUAGGGUUAUCUCUAUCUCAAUUGCUUCUUGGAGCGCUAUCCACUGUGACCUCCUGGCACUCUGAGCCACAUUUCCUCCAGGGUGAUAACCACUUUUAUAGCAUAAUGGAAUGAAAAUGGAGUGCCAAGUCAUUCCUCACAGACAUGGUUCUGGUUUGAUAAAGCAUUUUCCAGUAGGGAAAUUGACUGGCUUUAGGCUAUAUUCAGGCUUUUUCAGUAUUAGUGCCCAUUCACACAUAAUAGAAUUUUACACACACGCAUGCGCCCACCUACGCACACCAAAAGGGUGUUGAGGAGGAGUGUUGACUGGGUGUGUUGUGGUCACCAGGGCGAGCGUAUGAGCCACGCCGUGGGCUGUGCCUUCGCCGCCUGUCUGGAGAGGAAGCAGCGGCCGCGAGAAGGAGUGUGGCGUCACAGCCUCGUUCGACGCCAGCCGCACCUCCUUUGUGCGCGAGGGCUCGUUCCGCAUGACGUCGUCCAGCCAGCAGGGGGGCGAGCACGAUGACAUCAUGAAGCAGCUGCAGGACAAGAAGAAAGGUAUGACUCACCAGGAGAAGGAGAGCAGACCCACAGCCAGACAUGUCUGUCACUCACAUUCUAAUGUAUCACUGGAAAGUCAAAUGUGGCCUAUGUUAUAGAGCUAACAGGAACAGGAGGAUGUUGAUGGUUGCUGUUGUUCACCUCAAUCACUCUGAAGUGUAACAACACAUCUACUGUAUAUUGGCUGGUAGUAACCUUUAUCAGUGUUAUUGGCUGUAGUGGUUACUGGUUGUAGUCCAACAUUAACCAUGGUCAUUAUAGUCCAACAUUAACCCUGGUCAUUGUAGUCCAACAUUAACCCUGGUCAUUGUAGUCUAACAUUAACCCUGGUCAUUGUAGUCUAACAUUAACCCUGGUCAUUGUAGUCCAACAUUAACCCUGGUCAUUGUAGUCCAACAUUAACCCUGAUCGUUGUAGUCCAACAUUAACCCAGGUCAUUGUAGUCCAACAUUAACCAUAGCCAUUGUCCUCUGUCUGUCUCCAGAGCCCCCGUGUACCAUCCCAGCCAUCCCCCCUGGCACCUCCUCACCCCCUGAGGGCACGGCCUCGCCUCUGGGGCAGGGGGUGGAGCACGCCAUCCCGCGGCGCCACGCGCCCAUUGAGCAGCUGGUGCGGCAGGGCUCCUUCCGGGGCUUCCCGGCCCUCAGCGGGAAGAACUCGCCAUUCAAGAGGCAGCUCUCGCUGCGCCUCAAUGACCUGCCUUCCAACCUGCAGCGCAAGACCGCCGAUUUCCAGAGCAAGAACCCAGGUUAGCCUCACCUGUUUAUGUUAGCUUAGCUAAGUCUCUGCAUUCUACGAACUAGGACAAAGAGUGUUCAGCCUCACCAGUCUAGGACAACAUAGUCCGGCAAUGCCACCCUUCCAUGUCGUGUUCAUCACUCGGAGGAAGCCUGGAAAUAAAGGCUAAUGUCAACCAGUGCCUGGAGUUUUCCUGCCUUCAUGUUCUGACCAAGGAUAACUCAGGGCUUUUUCCUGGUCAGAUCAUGGGUCAGGAAAAACUAUGGACCCUUAUGACAACGUAUGGUGGUGUUUAUAAUUAUACCAAAGUAGUAUUUGACCAGGAACAAGUGAAGCCAGGGAUUGAUUGAUUGGGGUCAUAAUAGCAGUGAAGUUGAUCAUUACUGUGUUAUUAAGGCUGUUGUUGAUUGCUGUGGCUGAUUACUGAGUCCAUGUAAUGGUUAUUUUUAACAAGUAUAAUAAUAAGGAUUCCCAGCAUGGCUUUAUUUCUGCUGUAGUGAGGUAUAUUAAACCUCUCAGUUAUGUUGAUUAUAGUUAUUAUGAGACCGGAGGCAGCACAAUUGUGCCUGACAUCUAUUUACAUGAAUGUAUGUAGCAGUAGCAGUAGUAGAAUAGUGUACAGAGAUUCUCUCUUUCGUAUAGGAUCUGUCCCUAUCUGAAUCCCACGCAUGCAUAGAAGACACGCGCACACCCACACACGCACUUAGCUAGCAAUAGUAGCCACACAAGCAUGAACACACGCAAGCACAGGACACAUGUACACACACACACACACAGUAGCAGCUAACUUGACUACCUCCCCCCCUCCCCAGUAGUCCACCAGCUCUCUCAGUGAACAAUCUGUCUAUGAUCCAGGGUUCUACCAGCAGUCUUCACUAGACCUUAAAGCUGUCUUGUCCACUAACACAGCCCCCAGCCAGCCCAUCUCACAGCCAUAGAACCAGGGAUUGUAGUUCACACAAACACACACACACAUGCACACACAAUGAUGCACACACUCACACACACAAGGAUGUACACACGCACACACACACACACACGCAUGCCCGCACACGCACACACACACACACACACACACACACACACACACUACACUACUACACAGAGAAACCCCACAGCUGCUCCCGUCCUCUCUGAAACCUAUGGGCCAAUCAAAUGUUCAGAAAGAGAGACCUUACAAGGCAGGCCUGUCAUGAACAAAGCAGCAGGGCCUGGCUCUCCAGACAGAAAGACACUCUACAUCUGUACCUGGAGUUGUUCUUCUAAGCAGGGUCAUAUUCAUUAGGCACCAAACAGAAGAAAACAGACUGAAACAGGGAGUGACUACUUAAACUUGUCCAAUAAGAAAUGCCCAUUUUUGUUUUCCGUUGCAAAAGAUUUUGCUGCGGUGUGCCCUAAUGUAUAGGACCCAACAGAGCAACUGUGCAGCAGCAGCUCCAUAGGGAUUACAUCCACCACUGACCCCUCUGGUUCUGAUUGGCCCCACAACUCUCUCUGCUCUCCACAGGCAUAGCUCUCUCUCUGUCAGGGACAGGUCACUGAUAGAGGAAUUACACAAAUGAUUAGCUAUUUUUAUCUACUGGUGAUAUGUUGAAAGUUUUCCCUCUGUUUUCUACAUGAAAGAUUUAGGCUAUAGGGAAUCUCAUGCAUGAAAAACAGACUGGUUGGGUGUGUUACAGAGGAACUUUUAUUUUCUUACUUUGAAGUGCAAACGAUUAUGUAGACCUCAUAGGACCAUGGAAACAGAUUCCAUUUCAAUUAAGGGCUUCGAAAUGUUUACAUCCAGUGUCAUGUACUUUAAUCCUAUAUCAUUAUAUACAGUGAGGGAAAAAAGUAUUUGAUCCCCUGCUGAUUUUGUAUGUUUUCCCACUGACAAAGAAAUGAUCAGUCUAUAAUUUUAAUGGUAGGUUUAUUUGAACAGUGAGAGACAGAAUAACAACAAAAAAAUCCAGAAAAACACAUGUCAAAAUGUUAUAAAUUGAUUUGCAUUUUAAUGAGGGAAAUAAGUAUUUGACCCCCUCUCAAUCAGAAAGAGUUCUGGUUCCCAGGUGUCUUUUAUACAGGUAACGAGCUGAGAUUAGGAGCACACUCUUAAAGGGAGUGCUCCUAAUCUCAGUUUGUUACCUGUAUAAAAUACACCUGUCCACAGAAGCAAUCAAUCAAUCAGAUUCCAAACUCUCCAAAGAGCUCUCCAAGGAUGUCAGGGACAAUAUUGUAGACCUACACAAGGCUGGAAUGGGCUACAAGACCAUCGCCAAGCAGCUUGGUGAGAAGGUGACAACAAUUGGUGCAAUUAUUUGCAAAUGGAAGAAACACAAAAUAACUGUCAAUUUCCCUCGGCCUGGGGCUCCAUGCAAGAGCUCACCUCGUGGAGUUGCAAUGAUCAUGAGAACAGUGAGGAAUCAGCCCAGAACUACACAGGAGGAUCUUGCCAAUGAUCUCAAGGCAGCUGGGACCAUAGUCACCAAGAAAACAAUUGGUAACACACUACGCCGUGAAGGACUGAAAUCCUGCAGCGCCCGCAAGGUCCCCCUGCUCAAGAAAGCACAUAUACAGGCCCGUCUGAAGUUUGCCAAUGAACAUCUGAAUGAUUCAGAAGAGAACUGGGUGAAAGUGUUGUGGUCAGAUGAGACCAAAAUCGAGCUCAUUGGCAUCAACUCAACUCGCCGUGUUUGGAGGAGGAGGAAUGCUGCCUAUGACCCCAAGAACACCAUCCCCACCGUCAAACAUGGAGGUGGAAACAUUAUGCUUUGGGGGUGUUUUUCUGCUAAGGGGACAGGACAACUUCACCGCAUCAAAGGGACGAUGGACGGGGCCAUGUACCGUCAAAUCUUGGGUGAGAACCUCCUUCCCUCAGCCAGGGCAUUGAAAAUGGGUCGUGGAGGGGUAUUCCAGCAUGACAUUGACCCAAAACACACGGCCAAGGCAACAAAGGAGUGGCUCAAGAAGAAGGACAUUAAGGUCCUGGAGUGGUCUAGCCAGUCUCCAGACCUUAAUCCCAUAGAAAAUCUGUGGAGGGAGCUGAAGGUUCGAGUUGCCAAACGUCAGCCUCGAAACCUUAAUGACUUGGAGAAAAUCAGCAAAGAGGAGUGGGACAAAAUCCCUCCUGAGAUGUGUGCAAACCUGGUGGCCAACUAGGGUUUUGCCACCAAGUACUAAGUCAUGUUUUGCAGAGGGGUCAAAUACUUUUUUCCCUCAUUAAAAUGCAAAUCAAUUUAUAACAUUUUUGACAUGCGUUUUUCUGGAUUUGUUUGUUGUUAUUCUGUCUCUCACUGUUCGAAUAAACCUACCAUUAAAAUUAUAGACUGAUCAUGUCUUUGUCAGUGGGCAAACAUACAAAAUCAGCAGGGGAUCAAAUACUUACUUACGUAAGUGUAUGUUUGGCUCAAGACUUUAAUCUUGCCAUCAAAUCAUCAAAAGGAAAGCAAAUCCUCAAUCCUUCUCCUCCUCUUUAGUCCCAGAGAUUGAUUUGUCAGUGUGUGGAGAGGCAGACAGCAGCAUCAACGCUUUGUGCAGCCAGAUCAACCAUUCCUUCACCAAGCCCUCUGAGGAACUCUUCUCCAACCCCACCCCCAACGGCCUGCCAGCCUGCACUGUGCCCCCAGCCAUCCCCCCUCCAACCGCCCCCCUGCAAGGUAACUCAUUGACUACCUUAUCAUUCUCUCUCUAUGAGCUCUAGUCUGGCUUAACAUGUAGUUUACAGCUCAACUCCAACUUUGUAUUUGUAAUGUGUUUGUAUUUGUAAUGUUACUAAUGCUGAUUUGCUUCUAAUGCUUGUAAGACUGAUUUGCCUGAAAAGUGUAAGUUAUUUGUGUGUAUCUCUAGGCCGGGAUUCAAUCUGUGGUUUGCUAUAACGCAGGUCACUAUACAGCCGGCAAUGCAGCUUUUUAAAGGCCUUUUCCCCGAUGUUUGUAGAGAUCAAAUUCAUGGUAAACGCUGCGGAUGUUGGCUUAACCCUCAAAAGUUUGUUAUAUAUAUAGCGCACCUUGCAUUGAAUACCGGCCCUAAUCAGAAAAGGCUUCUGAAAAGGAUGUGUGUGUGUGUUCUCUGUGCUUGUCAUGGUAAAGCACUAGAGAGAUCCAGCAGCAGGGUUGAUGUAACGUGAUUGACGUGGUGUUCUCUUCUUCUCUCCCACAGCCACGUCCUCCUGGGUGCAGGCGGAGCCCCCGGUCCAGUCCCUUCCCCCGGUUGUCCACAGCGGGCACAGGAGGACGCCCUCCGAGGCUGAGCGCUGGCUGGAGGAGGUGGCCAAGGCCGUCAAGGCCCAGCAACAGACCCCCACCCUGCCCCCGCCACCCAUCCAGCCCACCCCUGCCAUUCCAGGGCCACCCAUGUCAAGCGCAGCUAUGUCUAACCCACUUAUGUCUGGCCCACCUAUGUCAGGUGUGCCCCUAAUGGGGGCAUCCAUGCCAGUGGUACCUGGCUCCCUGCCCACUUCCAUGCAGCCCUUUCCUUUGGCGUUUGAUGCCACUCCCGUGCCCGUGGGCAUGUAUGCCCAGCCACCCCUGCAGCCAGCGUUUGUACCCAUGCAGGCCUACAUGCCCGCCCUGGCCAACAGCAUGACAUACUCCAAUGCCAGUGUGCCUGUGGUGGGCAUCACGCCUUCCCAGAUGGUGGCUAAUGUCUUCUGCACGGCAGGGGGCUCUACCAGUGGGCCUUCCAUGGGCAUGGGCACAGGGCCCAAAAUGGGCACGCUCAGCGGUGGGCACCGCCACUCUUUCUCCGGCCAGCCGGGCGGGUUCCCUAUGCCACCCUUCGGAGCUCAUCCCACCGUCAACGGCCUCCCCCACAACAUUCCCACCUCCUCCCCCGCCACCAUCACGCAGAACGGCAUUAGCAGCAACGGCGGCAGCAGCAGUAGCUGGCCACCGGAAGGCGCACAGCAGGCCAACCCGCCCCCAGCCAAUGCCCAGGAGGUUGAUCGCUUCGAGGCAAAGUGGGCCGCGCUGGAGACCAAAUCGCAACCCAGGGCGGCGCCCAACCCCUUCUCCAAUGACUUGCAAAAGACCUUUGAGAUCGAGCUUUAA